GUUGUGCCACUGCUUCUAGAAGUUUAGAAUGAGAAUCUGAUAUUUUUUGAUCACUAUCGUAAUCAAUCUCUGAACCACUCAUUUUAGAAUAAAUUUGAAAGAAAUUUAUUUAAACACUAUUAUUCGUACCGCAACAUAUAUACACGUAUCAUACAUUACAAUAUACAUAUGUCGUACACGCUUGCAGUCUUCAAAUUUAAUGUUACCCGCCGACUUAUAUAUGGCGGCCGACUAUCAUAAUGCUUGAUACGUCUGUUAAGUUUGGAAACAACCAAUAAAAUUAAUUGUUUAAAAUCAUUGUACCUAGCUAUCAAUAAUCAUUCACCAUCAGAUAAACACAGUUUUAAAAAAGGAAUUUUUUUUUUAUUGUAUUCAUUAUAGAUUUUAAUAUAAUUAUAAUUAAUCAAAUUAAAUAAAUCAGACAAAGAGAUAUGUCAUAACUUAUUGAAUUCUGUUAUAAAUCGAUUCGGUUGAAUAUAUUGUACAAUGAAUUUACUUUUGAUAUCAACGUUAAUUUGUAUUUUAGAAUACAUUGUGCCGAUUGUAAUAACUUAUUUUACAGCACAUUUAUAUGUAGGAAAAAAAGAAGAAGCUGAAUUACGUAAAAAUUUAGCUACAUUGAGACAAGAAAUGGCAAGUAUUUCAAUGGUAGACGAAUUUUCAAAAUACGCUAAACUUCAAAGAAAAUAUAACAAAUUAGAAAAUACUUUGAAGGAUAUAGAAAAGGGGAGAUUAUCCAGUAGAAAAAAAGCAAGAUUAUUGACCACUUAUGGGUUUCGUAUCAUCAAUGGCAUAUUAAUAGUGAUCCUUUUAUACAUAUAUAACAAUGAACCUAUAAUAAAAUUACCGAAGGAUACAUUAUGGCCAAUUAAUUAUCUUUUAAGAUGGCCAACUAAUUAUGAAGACUCCAUUUCUUUAAUUAUGUGGUUUGUCAUCGCAAAAAUAGCUAUAUCUAAAUGUACUCAAAUUCAUAUAAUAAAUAAUCAUUAAAUAAACUUAUCAAUAAAAAUGAAGUAUAUAUAUAUUCAUAAUGGUUUAUUGGUCCUUGAUUCAUAAAA